AUGAGCUCCAUCGAUAUCGUAGUCUUCCGCAACGCGUCAGUCAACAAGGCCCAGAUUCUUCAAGAAACCGUGAAUAAUUCCUUAAACAUAACGAACAACGAUCCCAAUCAAAAUGUGAGACGUGAAAUUAUAGUUUUAAGAAAAAAACAAAGGAUCCAACCCGCCGAUACCGUGUCUGUGCCUGCACUGAUGCGAACCAUUGAGCCAUCCUCAUCAAGCGUGCUAGCGAAAAAAGCAAGAUACCGAGAAAAUACGAGUUCGGAUGAAACUGUGCGUACACCUACACCGUUAGCGGUCGCUCGACGGAAUGCGCGGGAACGGAACAGAGUACGUCAAGUGAACGAUGGAUUUGCGGCUCUCCGGCGACACAUACCCGAAGAAGUAGCCGCGGCCUUUGAGACGACUAACUCCAACAGAGGACCGAACAAAAAACUCAGUAAAGUGGAAACAUUAAGAAUGGCGGUCGAAUACAUACGGAACUUGGAAAGUUUACUUAACAUCGGCCAUGCUGACAAAGAAAACACGUCUCGUUCCUGCAUGGAAUCAUUCCCUUCGCCAGCAUCAUCGUCUCCGAGAGAAAACAGUCAAGAGAGGAGCUAUUUCAUGAUUAGUUCGCCUGCCCUAGAAGAAGAGGAACUAGAUGAAGAUGAAAUAGACGGACUACCUGGCUUACGUCAGCAGCAGUAUGUCGACAUUGCAGCCUCAGAAAAUUUUCACUUAGUGUCUACGCCACAUCGGUACGAUGAAGAAGAAGGUCAACCUCUUACACCAUCAUCGGAUUUACUGGUUCAAGAUGAAGUAAAUUCACAUAUCCUAGACGCACAUUUUCAGUUUCCAAAUUCCGCCGAACAUUUCUCUGUAAUACCCGAACAAAAUUACCUGAGUGAAACGGAAGUGCCAGUCAGUGAAAGUGAUUUUGAAAUAAAAUACGCGGAUUCCCUUAAUCAACACAUCCAACAAAGCUUUAAUGAAAACACUGAUAUACCUUUUGCUUUGAAUCCGGAUCUUAUUCUUCCCGAAAACCAGUUCAAGUUCAAGGAAAGUGACAAUAGUUCUUUCACGGAAAACGAAGAUUUUUGUGAAGUUGAAUUAAAAAAGGAACUUCCAGAUAUCCAAGUGACGCCCGAGGACAGAGAACAAUUCGAAGAAACUCUCAAAUGGUGGCAAGAGAAAACGAGACAAACCCGUCCUACGAAAACUCUUAAUAAAAAAUAAUAAAAUUUAUGAACAAUAAUUACGAUAGGAAAAUGUUGUAGAUAA